AUGCAACAAAAACCUCGACCAGCAGAUGCCUCUCUACAAAAAUCUUUGGUUUCAAAUCAGAACAACAACAAAAUCUCUGGCCAUUAUCCUUUGAAAGCCGCAGUAUUCAAAUCCAUUAAUGACAAUUCGUCAAGGAUAUUAAAUAAAUUAAAGGCUUUCGAAAUCAAUCAGCAGGGUAAUGGAAAGGCGGAGGGGGAGGAGGAGAAAAAGGAGGUUACAAAAGUGCAGGAUAUAGAGGAGUAUAAAGAGGAGGAAAUUCGACGAGCAUUUGAAAUGUAUCAUCAUCAUCAGAGACAAUUACCACAGCAACAACAACAGCAACCAGCAGCAACAACAACUGCAUUUAGUAUUGCAUCAUUUAGCAGUGAUCAUCAUCUGCCGACAGUUGAUUAUCGUUUUUUAUUCAAUGCCGAAUCACAUACCGAAUUCUAUUUGUAUACCAAAAACCACAACAACAACAACUUCCAAGGACCACAUAUCUCUGCAACAACCAAAGAGGAGGAACAGAUGAAGAAAUCCCAAAUACCUGAAAGUGGCAGUAAAGAAAUGUCCCGAAAUAGUUUAAAUGCCCUAAAUGACACUAUCAGCAGCAGAAGUUCUCCUCUGCCCGUGACAAUCCAACCGGCAAAUGGCGAACGACAACGAGUCCUUAAUGUUGUCACUGACACAAUUAGUAGUGUAUUUGGCGUUAAUACUCGUCCUGUUGCUGACAGCAUCCCUGGCAUACAUUCGGAACAAUUGCAAUUGUAUAAUGCACGGGCAUUAAGACAAUCAAGGUUUAAUCCCUUCCAGCCAACGAGAAUCCUCAUCCACGGCUGGCUGGGUGGCGCCACAGCUGGCCUGUAUAACACCCUAAUACCUGAACUGCUUUCAGCUCCGAAUGUCAGCUACAACGUUAUAACUGUGGAUUGGGGUAAGGGUGCCAUUGCCGAUUAUAUAACAGCAAGUUAUCGGGUGAAACCAGUUGGCAAAGUCUUGGCGAAAUUCAUUGAUUUCUUGCAUCAGGAAUCUGGCAUGCGUUUUGAAGAUUUGCAAGUAAUUGGCUUUAGUAUGGGUGCCCAUGUGGCUGGUAUUGCAGGAAAACAUUUGCAAACAGGACGUUUGAAGGUUUUGUAUGCUCUCGAUCCAGCAUUGCCUUUAUUUCGCUACGAAACCCCAGAGGAACGUGUGGAUCGCAGUGAUGCGGAAUAUGUAGAAGUGUUGCACACAAGUGUUGGUUCUUAUGGUUAUGAUCGGCCUUUGGGUCAUGUGGAUUUAUAUAUAAAUUAUGGUACUCGACAGCCGGGAUGUUAUUUCAAGGAAUGUAGUCAUUUUCGAGCCUUUCAAAUAUUUUCUCAAGCUUUGGCUAAGGAAAAACUGCAAGGUAUUGGCUGUGCAGAGGACAUGUGGCAGGAAAUGGUCAAACAAAAUAAAUGUCCUGAAGAGACGGGAGUGCAAUUGCAGAUAGCUGAGCAUAAUGGACAUUAUAAUAAAACCCUAAUGGAAAAACGGCGAGGUGUUUAUUAUCUCUUAACAAAUUCCCAAGCACCCUAUAGAAUUUAA